UGUAAUAUACAAUUCUUCAGAUAAGUGAUGUGUACUAUUCUUUCAGUGACUGCAACGUGAAAUUUAUUGUUGCAUUAGCUGUUAAUAAAUCAGAAUCUCUCCUACAUAAUGCCUCAAUAAUCAGUUUUAUUGGAAGUAGACCUGAUAUAGUUCUGGAUAUUAAGUCGAAUUCACUAUUUGAAAAAUUCAUUUACAGGUUUAAGUCGAUUAUUGCUUUUUGGAUUGGAUUUCUCAGUUUCAAAAAUCGUUCCAUCAUUAGGAGUAAACUGUUCCAACGUGUUUUAGAAUCUAAUAUUAACAUAUAUUCUGUUUUAUUUUCAGUUAGUAUAUAUUUUAAUAAUAUAUCCUUUUUAUAGGAGAAUGUUUAAAUAUAUUAACAAUUUUUCGAACUUUAUAAAUUAUAGGAAGCAAUUCUUGAUAGGUUAAUAUUUCAUCCUCAUUAGCAAUAUCUUCUUCAACAAUUACAUUGUCUUAUCUUCAUUGUCAAUAUCACUCUCACUCUUACUCUUUUCAAAGUUGGAAUCCGAAGUUUCUAUAUCCACAGUAUUUGGAUUCUUCUGUUCUUUAUUUUUUUUUUGGUAUAAUAUAUCUAUUACUCCUAAAUGAAUUCCAUGUGCAUAGCACAACUGCUGAUUUGCACCAAUCAACUUUCCAACUUUUUUCAUAAUUAUUGCUCCAUCAGUCGUUAUGGAUACAAUAUUUUCUUUCAGGGAUAAUCCAUGUUUCGCUCAUUUAGAUUUAAGCAAUUAAUUAUGCCAUUAAUUAGCUAAUUAAUUUCGCCCUUAGGGAGACAUAAAAACAAAAAAGUGUACUAUUUUGCUAUGUUCGCGAUACUUGAACAUAUAGUGAAGACAAUUUUUAGAAUUUCUAGUAAAUAUCGAAAAACUGGUAUUCAAACUUGUGAAUACCGAUAUUACAAAAUUGUACAAAUGGCUCAAAAUACCGGUAUUCGGUAUCCCGGUAUAUCGGUAUUGCAAUCCCUAAAUACAUCGCAUUCGAGACAUCAUAGUAAGGCUGUUUAAAAUUUAAGAAAUUAGAUUACUGCAGGCCGAAGUUUUCUAUCUAUUAUUAUUACAUCAUUUCUUGAAAAGCAUCAUUCCGUGUUGCCAUUCAGUGUAUUACAAAACUGCUUCAAUGUGAAUUAUUUCACCAUUGAACAUCGCCUGGCUGUUGUUUAAAUUUCUGUCUUUCAAACUCGAUUGUUUCGUUGUAUGCAAUGACUCAUUAUUCAUUGUUUACUUAUCCUUUCCUAAACAUCUAAUAAAUAACUGUAGCAAUAGAAGAAAAAUAUCACAGAAAAUAUAUAAUGCAACAUGAAGCAUGUAUAUUUUAUUAACGGUUAGCAAAAACAUUCAUGAACACAAUGAUGAUAUUAAUUUAUCUCCUAAAUGUCCAGAAGAUUUUCCAGUUCAAAAUUACAUAUCUUCCUCAACAUCUUACAAAUAACAUGAAUCAUGAAAUAAACUAGUAGUAAUUGUGAAAACUUUACUGCACUUUCUUAACCACUUGGCUGUGGAAUGAUGCGCCACGAAAGUCGGGAUGCAUUUGUCAUAAAAUCGCCAACGACGUGCUACACACAUGAGCAAGUAUUGACACAGAAGGUAAAAUAAAGUUCAUCGACUGACAUUGGUGGUGCACAGUUUACAGGAACACAGGUAUAAAUCUUUUUUCGAUUUCUAUAAGGUAUUGGAUGUUUUGUGUUGCCUCGCUGUAGUGAAUUAUUUUGGCACGCUCACUUGUGAAUUACUUGCCACUGCAAGUGGUUAAUACUUCACACAGAGGAAUUCUACAAUGAGUCACCGACAAACCAGUGGAAUUAUUUAAUAACAGCUUUUGUAUCUAUAUUAAAAGCUAUCUAUACAGACUAAACCAUGCCUCCUACAGUAUUCAAAAACAUCAGCGCCAAGGAAGCCGUAUUUUCAGAAACGAUCUCAGUUGUACCAGAUUUGAGAAACAACCCAAGUAUUCUUGUUCCUCCUGUCAGUUAUCAACCAACAACUCAUGUAACUAACUCUAAUACAAAGACACCACUAUGUCACCCGAUUCUAAAUAUUUUUUCAAAACUAAGAUUCGAGAUUGCUUGCUUUUCAUUUACUGUUGCUUUGCUUAUAUCCCAGUCGUCAUCUACAUCUAUGAUUUUGGAAAAAACUUGUCUUUCUAAGUAUUCCGAGGAUAUUUGUGGAAAUUUAAAGAAUUAUACAGAAAUCAAAUCUUCUGUUGAGCAGGCUGCUGUGAAUUAUCAACUCAUCCACACGCUUAUACAAACUGUUCCAGCAGUUAUAGUAUCCUUGUUCAUAGGGUCGUGGAGCGAUAAGUAUGGCAGAAAAUUGCCUCUUCAGGUAGCUCUGUUAGGUGCCAUAAUUGAAGCUGUAUUAUCUUGUAUCUGUGCUUAUUAUCGGCAUUCGAAGGUCGAAUAUUACUUUAUACCUGCUAUAUUCAUGGGAUGUAUGGGUGGAGGGGCGGCCUUGCUGACCAUUGUGUACAGUUACACAUCAGAAUCGGUUAGACAUGAAAAGAGAACCAUGAAGAACGCUUUUUUUGAGAUAGCAAUAGGGUUGGCAAAACCUGUAGGAGUUAUGGCAGGAGGCUGGAUAUACAAUUUUUGGGGGUACGUAGCUGUUUUCGCUAUUGCAGCAUGCGGCUUGUUUUUCUCCUUGUUGUGGUUCACAUUCAUGAUUCCUGAGACUCGCGGACUGGACAACACAGAUCCGUGGACAGUGAAAGCAAAACAAUUCGUGUCAUGCAGGAACGUCACGGAGAGCUUUACUCUAAAAGUCAAACAGGAAUCUCAAAGUCGGAAAAAGAUUGUAUUGCUGAUUAUAUCCAUCUGUAUUCUGCACAUAUCUUCCAGUGCUUCCACUGCAACUGCAGAGGUUAACUACAUGUAUGCUCACCAUCAGUUCAAUUGGGGCAAUACUACGUAUUCAACUAUCACUUCCUCCUAUUUGGUUCUGACUAUCAUCGCCUUAAUAAUAAUCACUGCGUGUCUGAAGCGAUUCAACGCACCAGAUACUACUAUAGGCAUCAUAGGAAUAAUCUCGAAUUUCACGAGACUGGUUGGCAUUGGAGUGGCAUGGACGCCAAUCGUUUACCACAUCGCUAAUGUUUUGGGACUUGUACAAGGAUGUGGUCCCAUUGCAGGCCGAUCAUGUCUAUCAAAGUCCGUAGCCAAUGAGGAUCUAGGCAAGGUGUUCUCUUUGGUGGCGAUAACCGAAUCCAUACUUCCCAUCGUAACUUUAAUCAUAUUCUCUCAGAUCUUCAACGCUUUCCUUGAUAUAUUCCCAGGGACGCCAUACAUCUUACUUGCUGCAGUCAUAAUUGUGCCAUUCUCCGUCUUCAUAUGGUUAUCUCGUAAGUCGAAAGAAAAUUAUGAAGAUAUACCCGGAAAAAAUGAAUGGAACACAAAAAAUAUUCCCACGAUAUCGAAAAUGUAAACAAUACUUGUGAUAAAUUUUGCUUUUAUUUAUUUAUUCAUUUAUUAAAAAAUGUUUUCUUGAAUUUUUCAGUUAGUAUUUUUACCUUUUUUUAAACUUUAACUGAU